AUGUCUGCUCCCGCCCAGAAGUUCAAGGUCGCCGACCUGUCCCUCGCCGCCUUUGGCCGCAAGGAGAUCGAGCUCGCCGAGAAUGAGAUGCCCGGCCUCAUGGCCACGCGGGCCAAAUACGCCGAUGACCAGCCCCUCAAGGGCGCCCGCAUCGCCGGCUGCCUGCACAUGACCAUCCAGACGGCCGUCCUCAUCGAGACGCUGACCUCGCUCGGCGCCGAGGUCACCUGGUCCAGCUGCAACAUCUUCAGCACCCAGGACCACGCCGCCGCCGCUAUUGCCGCUGCCGGCGUCCCCGUCUUCGCCUGGAAGGGUGAGACCGAGGAGGAGUACAACUGGUGCCUGGAGCAGCAGCUUCUGGCCUUCAAGGACGGCAACAAGCUCAAUCUGAUCCUCGACGACGGCGGCGACCUGACCCAGCUCGUCCACUCCAAGUACCCCGAGAUGCUCAAGGACUGCUACGGCGUCUCCGAGGAGACCACGACUGGUGUCCACCACCUCUACCGCAUGCUCAAGGAGAAGAAGCUCCUGGUCCCAGCCAUCAAUGUCAACGACUCCGUCACAAAGUCCAAGUUCGACAACCUGUACGGCUGCCGCGAGUCUCUCAUUGACGGCAUCAAGCGUGCUACCGACGUCAUGAUUGCCGGCAAGACCGCCGUCGUCGCCGGUUUCGGCGAUGUCGGCAAGGGCUGCGCCAUGGCCCUGCACGGCAUGGGCGCCCGCGUCCUCGUCACCGAGGUGGACCCCAUCAACGCCCUCCAGGCUGCCGUUGGCGGCUACCAGGUCACCACGAUGGAGAAGGCGGCCAAGAUUGGCCAAAUCUUCGUCACCACCACCGGCUGCCGCGACAUUCUGACCGGCGAGCACUUUGAGGCCAUGCCCAACGACGCCAUUGUUUGCAACAUCGGCCACUUUGACAUUGAGAUUGAUGUGGCCUGGCUCAAGAAGAACGCCAAGUCCGUCCAGAACAUCAAGCCCCAGGUUGACCGCUUCCUCAUGCCCAGCGGCCGCCACAUCAUCCUCCUGGCUGAGGGCCGCCUGGUCAACCUUGGCUGUGCCACCGGCCACUCCUCGUUCGUCAUGUCCUGCUCCUUCACGAACCAGGUUCUGGCUCAGAUUAUGCUGUACAAGGGCCGCGACGAGGCUUGGGGCAAGAAGUACGUUGAGUUUGCCAAGACUGGCAACUUUGAAGUCGGCGUCUACGUCCUGCCCAAGAUCCUGGACGAGGAGGUUGCCCGCCUGCACCUCUCCCACGUCCAGGCUGAGCUCAGCACCCUCACCAAGGUGCAGGCCGACUACCUCGGACUCACCGUCGAGGGCCCCUUCAAGAGCGACAUCUACCGCUACUAA